UUGCCACUGAGUUAUCCCACAAAGUGCCACAUGGCUUUGCGUUUUCCAUCUUUGGUGAAUGCCAAACAUUUUCUGUUCUGUCUCUAACCCCAAAAACGCUGCAACAAAUCACCACCUUUCCCUUCCUUUUUCCCCCCCUUAUUAGUGCCUGCUUCUCUUCUUUUUUAUAUUCAUGCAUAUCAUACGCCUUCACUUCCUCAACUUCAAGCAAUGAUCUAAUCUUUCACUUUUUGCAUUCCUUCCCUUCUCUUGUUGACUUUCUGUUGUUAGCUUUUCAUCACUCAAUGGCUCCUACCUUGACAUGCAACUCUUUCAAUCACUCAAUGGCAGUUUUCUCAAAAACCCAUUUCUCAAUUCCCAUGUUGAAAGAGCUUUCACUGGAUACUUCACCUUGUGUCAGUCAUGGAAGCAGAACAACAAAGCAAAGGAACACACUGAUGCCAAUCAAAGCAUCAGUGGCAGAGGUUCCCCCUGCUGUUAGGAAAACUGUGGAUGAAAAUGAAGGAGGAGGGGAUGGUGCCUCUCAGAAGAAGAAGCUCAGGGUACUUGUGGCUGGUGGAGGGAUUGGUGGCUUGGUGUUUGCUUUGGCUGCAAAGAGGAAAGGGUUUGAAGUGGUGGUGUUUGAGAAGGAUAUGAGUGCUAUAAGAGGGGAGGGGCAGUAUAGGGGUCCAAUUCAGAUACAAAGCAAUGCUUUGGCUGCUUUGGAAGCUAUAGAUUUGGAGGUUGCUGAAGAAGUUUUGAGAGUUGGUUGUAUCACGGGUGAUAGGAUCAAUGGGCUUGUGGAUGGGAUUUCUGGUUCUUGGUACAUCAAGUUUGAUACAUUCACUCCUGCAGCAGAGCGUGGGCUUCCAGUCACUAGAGUUAUUAGUCGAAUGGCUUUACAAGAAAUUCUUGCUCAUGCAGUUGGGGAAGAUGUCAUUAUGAAUGACAGUAAUGUUGUUGAUUUUGUUGAUCAUGGAGACAAGGUAACAGUGGAGCUGGAGAAUGGUCAGAAAUAUGAUGGAGAUCUAUUGGUUGGAGCAGAUGGGAUAUGGUCCAAGGUGAGGAAAAAGUUAUUUGGCCAAACAGAAGCUACUUACUCUGGCUAUACUUGUUACACUGGUAUUGCAGAUUUUGUGCCUGCGGACAUUGAAUCUGUUGGGUACCGAGUAUUCUUAGGACAUAAACAAUACUUUGUAUCUUCGGAUGUUGGUGCUGGAAAGAUGCAAUGGUAUGGAUUUCACCAAGAACCUGCUGGUGGUGCUGAUAUCCCCAAUGGAAAAAAGGAAAGAUUGCUUAAGAUAUUCAAGGGUUGGUGUGAUAACGUAAUUGAUUUGAUACAUGCCACAGAAGAAGAGGCAAUUCUUCGACGAGACAUAUAUGACAGGACGCCAACAUUUACAUGGGGAAAGGGCCAUGUCACCUUGCUUGGUGAUUCUAUCCAUGCCAUGCAGCCAAAUAUGGGCCAAGGAGGAUGCAUGGCUAUUGAGGACAGUUAUCAACUUGCAUUAGAGUUGGACAAUGCAUGGCAACAAAGUAUCAAAUCAGGCUCUCCAAUUGACAUUGAUUCUUCCUUAAAGAGCUAUGAGAGAGAAAGAAGAUUAAGAGUUGCCAUUGUUCAUGGAAUGGCUAGAAUGGCAGCUAUGAUGGCUUCCACCUACAAGGCAUAUCUUGGUGUUGGUCUUGGGCCAUUAGAGUUUUUGACCAAGUUUCGGAUACCACAUCCUGGAAGAGUUGGAGGAAGGUUUUUUAUUGACAAGAUGAUGCCUUUGAUGUUGAACUGGGUAUUAGGUGGCAAUAGCUCCAAACUUGAAGGCAGACCAGUAUGUUGCAGGCUCUCAGACAAAGCAAACGACCAGUUACACAGAUGGUUUGAAGACAAUGAUGCACUUGAGCGUGCCAUUAAUGGAGAGUGGAUUUUAUUACCAUGUGGAGAUGAAGCAGGUCCUACAAAACCUAUAUGUCUAACUCAAGAUGAGAUGAAACCCUGCAUAAUCGGGAGCAUGCAGCAAAAAGAUCAUCCAGGCAGUUCAAUUAUAAUACCUUUACCCCAGGUUUCUCAAAUGCAUGCAAGAAUUAACUAUAAGGAUGGCGCCUUCUUCUUGACUGAUUUGAGGAGUCUACAUGGCACCUGGAUCACAGACAAUGAAGGAAGACGGUACAGGGUGCCUCCAAAUUAUCCUGCUCGCGUCCGUCCAUCUGAUGUGGUUGAGUUUGGUUCUGAUAAGGCUUCAUACCGUGUUAAGGUGACAAGAUCUGCUUCAAGUGAGUCUGAAAAGGAAGGAACAAAACUUUAUCAGAAAGUAUGAUUACGAUUCUGUUCAGUCACAAUUUGUCUUAUAAGUUACAGAAAAGUUGUACAGCAUAAAAGUCGGAGCCGUAGAGCCAACACCUCCAUUCCUUUAGUGCAGGGUAUAAUACACUGCCAAUCAUUUAGGAUCUGAACAUUUUAUACAAACUUUUGAUUGUGAUUAAGAGAAUGGAAUUACACCUACUGCUGGUUCAAUAAAAGAAAAUUGAUUUCAUGUCUCCAAUCUCUUUGUAUCUUUCCUUGAUUUGAAUCCAAGUCUUUUUACUUGAAUGGCUUAGCCAAGUUCAUGACAGAUGUUUAUAGCAUGGAUGGUGCUCUUAUGUUGCAAUCUAAUUCUGUUGGCAAUGUUCUCUUUUUUAUCAA